AUGGCUCCCAAAACUGCCGCCGCCAGCAAGCCUGCUGCUGAUAAGAAGCGUAGAUCUUCCAGGAAGGAGACCUUCAACAGCUACAUCUUCAAGGUGUUGAAGCAAGUGCAUCCUAAGACCGGUAUAUCCAAGAAGAGCAUGAUGAUCAUGAACUCGCUGGUGAGCGACACCUUUGAUCGUAUAGUCUCGGAGGCGGGCGUCUUU